UGCAAAUCACCCAUCUGACGAUAGCUACGUUCUUGUAAUGGCUUUAGAAAUCUAUUUGUCGGUUCGAUCUAUUAUAUACGGUUCACUGACCCUUAGUGUUGGCGUUCUGGGCUCGAUUCACCGCUCCUGCGAAGUAUACCCAUGGCUACUGACUAUGAUCUCACCAUCGUGAAUGGAGUCGUUGUAACCGACACAGAGAUUGGGAGUAUGAUGUUGCGGUUAAGGGCGAGAAGAUUGCGAAGGUCGUUCCUAGGGGAGCAUUGAAAGGUACAAAGGCUGCGAAGACGAUUGAUGCCGAGGGAGGCUAUAUUAUGCCGGGAGGUGUAGAUGCGCAUGUACACCCUGAUGAACCUCCUCUCUUCGGCAAAGGCUCGACUGCUGACAAUUAUGAGACCGGUAUGUGCAGAAUCCAACCCUCAAGAGUUUUACCUCAAGUCUUCUCAGGAAGUCGAUCAGCGAUAUGCGGAGGGACAACUACAAUGGUGACAUUCGCUCCUCAGAAGAAGUCCGAAGACACCCUGCUCGACACCCUCCAUGCGACUCAUGCCAAAGCACAUGACAAUUGCUACAUAGACUACUCGUUUCACUUGAUCAUCGGCAAUCCCUCUCUAAACGCACUCUACGAAUUCAAGACCCUGCGUGAAGAAGGAAUCUCUUCGCUGAAGAUAUACAUGACAUAUGAAGCGCUACAAUUAAAUGACAGACAGAUUCUCGACGUAUUAUUGGAAGCCAGGAAGCAGAAGAUUACAACAAUGGUGCAUGCGGAGAAUGGCCAAGUAGUUGAUUGGAUUACUGCACAAUUGGAGAAGAGAAAGAUGUUCGCACCAAAAUAUCACUGCACAAGUCACCCACCCAUGGCUGAAAUUGAAGCUACAUAUCGUGCUAUCAGUCUGAGCGAGUUCAUCGAUACUCCAAUCCUAAUCGUGCAUGUUUCGACGCCAGCGGCCGCAGCCCACAUCAAGCAGGCGCAGGACAAGGGCCUGCCGAUAUACGCAGAGACUUGUCCGCAAUAUCUAUAUCUAACAAAGAAGGACCUUGAUCAACCGGGCUUUGAAGGGGCGAAGUGUGUGUGUAGUCCACCACCUCGAGAAAGUGAAGCAGAUUGCGAUGGCAUCUGGGAUGGCCUAGCGAACGAUACUUUCACCAUCCUUUCAUCCGACCACUGCCCAUUCCGGUACGAUGACGACGUCAACGGAAAGAAGACCUCCAUCAGCGAAGAUUACCCCGUCGGUCACUUCAAAUACAUUCCGAACGGCUGCCCAGGCAUCGAAACCCGUCUUGCGUUAACCCUCAGCGCUGAGCGCCUCGAAAUAAAGAAAUUCGUCCAAGUCACCUCUUCCAAUCCAGCAAAGCUUUACGGGCUCUGGCCGCGGAAGGGAGGGCUCGUUGAAGGUGAAAGCGACGCAGAUAUCAACAUCUGGUAUCCACCGGGCAAGAUGCAGGAAUAUUUUCUGAACAAUAAGAUGCUGCACCGUGAGGUAGAUUACACACCGUACGAAGGGAGGAAGAUGAAGCAAUGGCCAAGAUAUACGAUUCUCAGAGGGCAGGCGGUGUGGGAUAAAGAGAAUGGAGGAUUGUUGGGGAAGAAAGGCUAUGGAAAGUUCAUCAAGCGGGACGCGAGUUCGUUGGCGGGCCGAGGAAUCCGGGAGAAUGGGACAUACUGUUGUGAAGGCGAUGUUUACGGUAAUGAAGUGGAAUCGUCCUUGACAGUUGCUCGUGAACUAGAGUUCAUCACCGAGAGUGAUGCGUGUCCGAAACGGGCUAGUUCCCUCGUACCCAAAGUCAUUCGAGCUUGUUGAGCUAUCCAAGCAUCAUCACUUCCACAUCGCUUUGGCAACAUCCGAGUGCGGCCAAAUACACUCCCAUAUUCCAAGUAGCGAACACGACGUCCUAGGCCCUUGUACCAGUAUAUUUCCCAUAGUCUACGAUGAUCCUUCUUUGGCCCCUCACAAAGCGCGUCUUGUUUACUUAGCACGCCUCUGUUUCUUUGAGCCUCACAGAAAGUCGGUGGGCAACCCGACAGGCAUUAUUCCACCUUACUCUGCAUUAAGCCUUCCAUCAACUUCCGUAGUCUUGCAACGAAUCCAAUCCCGCAGCAGCACAUCGUUCAC